UUGGUGGUUGGACUGCGCACUAUGGCUGGUAUGGGAAGCAUCUACAGCAUAAUGAAUUCAGGCAGACUGGUACUAGUUGUUAUUCUUGCUCGAAUAUUUCUCAAGGAAAGGAUCAACUUUAUCAAAUUAUUUACAGUUAUUAUCAGUAUAGCUGGGAUCAUAUCUGUGACACAACCUGAUCUGAUUUUCCAAUAUGUUAAAUCCAGUGUUUUGUUACGACGAUUGUGGACAGAUAGUGCUUCAAAAAUAGAUGACCACAUUACAAACACUAGCACCACAACCAUUGGUACUACCAACAUCUGUCCUACAAACUCAAGCAUUGACACUCUAAACUCAAGCAAUGGUACUACCGAUGUACCAGAAAGUAUUCCACCAAUUUGGCAGGGAUACAUAAUUGUGUUUAUAGAUGCAGUUAAUGUGAGCAUAAUGACAAUAACUACUAGUACAUUGAUUAAGAAAACCACAUCGUCUCCAGAAAUGUUUUUCAGUAUGAGUGCUGUUGGGAUGUUUCUCACUGGCAUAGGGAUAUGCUUUGAAGGCUUCAAGACACCAAAAAACCUCCAUGAUGUCUUAUGUAUCAUUGGCUUCACAGUCGGUAGCAUUGGCUACAAUAUUGGUUAUAUAAUAACAAUGAAACUUAUACCAGCAUCACUAGCUUCUAUUCUCUUCACAUUCACUAUUGUCCUUGGAGUAAUCUUACAGUAUACCAUCUUCAAAAGUAGCUACAGUGGACAUGCCAAUAUAUUAGAGAUACUAGGAUGUUGUUUGGUUAUUAUCAGUAUUCUAUUGAUACCUGUUCAAAACAUUUGUCUAGAUGAGAAUAAUAAACACAAAAAAGCAACAUUACAACAGGUUAUGAUACGUACAAACAAAGACAUGGUUUUGACAAAAUCUAAGACUUUUGAAUUUCCACAACUUUACAAAUCGAAAUACUAAAAGUAUGGGUUAACAUAUUACUUAAAUCCAAAGCUGGCCUGUUUAGACUUCCAGUCUGAAUUUUAGUCAAUCCCUUUCAUCACAGAAAUUGCCAGUAUCUCUCAAACUGAAAAGACGUUGAAAAUUGUGAUUGCAAAAAUAAAUGUGCAUAUUACUGUGUACAA